CUGUACCAUGGGUCGUGUUCAUGAUAUUUUAACUUCCCCCAGUUUACCUUUGGUGGUGUGUACCUUCUUAAGGACAUCCGGUACUGUGGGUAUUAUGAAGACCAUUGGAAUUUACUUGGAAGAUAUCAACAAAAGUCUUGGAACGACAUCGACGGAUCUCGGAAUUGCUCUUGGUCUCCUCAAUGCAUUCUGCCACUUACCAGCUCCUUUCCUUGCUGCCCUCUAUCGUCACCAUUCGACUCGUCGUCUGCUUCUGAUAUCUGGUACAUGUCUCCCUCCAAUAGGCGUGGCUUUGACAUCCAUGGCAACCAGCAACGCCCAAAUGGAGAAUUACAACCUACUUUUCAGCCUUGGUUUGACUGGAUAUGGUGCCGGAAUGGUUCUGUUACCGCUCUUAGCUGAAUUCUUACGUCAAGCAUACGGUUGGAGAGGUGGACUGCUCAUCAUAAGCGCUCUGAUGGCACAUAUUAUCCCAGUUGGCAUGGCAAUUAAGUUGGAAUUAGAUGAGAGUAGCACACAGAGAAAUGGUUUUCAGAGUGUCCCAAGUUCUCCCAAGGGAGAAGAAUGCAACACCAGCACAAGUCAGGACAUAACAGAUGAAAACAGAGACGACAACGGAAUUUUUCGUAGGAUCACCAACAGUCUUCGCCAAUCUGAUUUGUACGUGGAUCCUAUAUUUAUUUUGGUAUAUGGUGUUACCUUGGCGUCGCAUAUAGUUUGGAGUGGUUGGCACUCCUUUCUUGUACCGCAUGCUCUGCAGAGGGGAAUCUCGGUCCGGAACACCAUUAUCAUCACUUUCUCAGCUGCAAUAGGGAAUGCCUUAAGCAGGGUUGCUGUUGGUUCCCUUACCAACAGCCUCGUCAAACCUGUCGACCUCUUUCUCUUCGCUACAAUCUUGGACAUCGCUGCUCUUCUGUGCAAUGUAUAUUUCGUCAACUACUACGCCAUGUUGGUGACUACAUGUAUCUCCUCCGUGGCAAUAGCAGGGAAGGCGGUGUUGAGUCAGCUGAUCGUGAGGGAUAGAGCGUCUUCCCAAAAGUAUGAUGUCGCGUUUGCAGUCGACCAAUUUUUUAUCGGAUUCGGGAUGAUUCUUGGUGGCUAUUUGAGUGGUAAGGAAUCACCAACAACGUAA